UUAACUCUGGCUUAAACGUUAAAAUAUACAAACAAAAUUAUUUAGAACUUAAUGUUUUUAAGGUGUAUAACAUACAGCAGAGCAUUGGCAGAAUUUGUUGUACGAAUAAUGAGACAGAUGUUAAUGAAGAUAAGCUGCUAAUGGUUGUUGUGGAAAUGAGGCGGGAAGAACAAAAAUUUAUUCGCAACGUAGUGUUCAUUCAGAAGAAUAUAUUGUCACCGCUUUCGAUGACCAACAGUUGAACGACAUCGAGAAAUUGUGCGUAAAUCAAAACAAAAUAAUUGUGAUGGAUACCACAUUCAAUGUGUGUGAUAUGUGGCUUACAGAUAUCGGCUAUCAAAACCUCCGACUUGUAAACGACAAAGGUAAUCAUCCUUGGUUUUAUGGUCCCGUCCUUUUGCAUAUGAGAAAAACACCUGAAACAUUUUCACGUUUUGCAACAGAAUUUCUUUUAGCCAACAGCAAAUUACGUAGCCUAACUUAUUUGGGUACUGAUCUUGAACGAGCAUUAUUCCAAGGGUUUAAACAUGUCUUACCUGAUCUUAAAAGUCUGCUUUGUGUUAAAAACAUGUCUGAUCGAGACAAAAAAAAGUUGACACAGCUUGGUGCAAAGGGGCAGAAAAAAUUUUUAGCGGAUAUCUAUGGCAUCAAUGACGGCGUUGUUAUGGAAUUAGGAUUAGCGUCAGCUGAAGAGGAGGACGAUUUUAAAGCCAAGCUUGACUCUUUGAAGGAGAAUUGGGAGGACCUUGCUCCAACUUUCCACGACUGGUUUUCGAGGAAUCGAGGAAAACAGUUUAUUGAAAGCGUGAUCGAGUCGGCGAGAGAGGGAUCUGGUCUGGAUGGGCUAUUCUACAACAAUGCAAUCGAAUCACUUCUUUCCAUUUUAAAAAUGGAAACUGGAAAUAAAAAACUUGGAAUUAUCGAGCUUAUUUCAAAAGUGAAGGUCAUUAUUCAGAGACAAAGAACUGAAGAAGUUCGAGCUGUUUACCAGUCUGGAAAGUACAGAUUAGCAAAUGAUUACAAUCAAUUUCAGGUUGAUCCAAUCACUUGGCACCGUUGGGACGAGGCACGUAGAAUGGAGCAUGUAAACAGUCGACAAUUUUCACCAUCGUUCAGUGACCUGUAUAUAACAUCUAAAAACGUUGGGAGGAAGCCAAACCACAUUAAUCGCAAACGCCACUUCACAGAUGCAGUAAUAGCCGAGGAAAGGAUUGAUACAACUCAAACCCCGGUCACACCACUAGUUGUUAAAAAGAAAAAAAAUGGCGAUUAUCAUUGCCAGAAGGUGAUGCCUGUUGAUUUAACUAUGAUUAACCCUAAACGAAAGACCUCUGGGAAAUAUAUGAUGCUACGACUCAAGGCAAUGCAUAAAAUGGUUGCAAGAUGUGUCUCACCAAGUUGUACCAUGAGAAUUACGCCGCAAGACUUUCUCAUCAUCAAGUCUACUGGCGUCGUUACAUUCACCGACAAAUAUAAGAAAGUGCAGAAGAGAGAAGGUCCUGUCUAUGUCCAUUUUCUCGAAGAAUGUUUGAAGGGCUACGUUGAGAACUUUAAGUAUGAAAACGUGACCGUAUCCGACGAUACGAAAAACAAUCUCACUACUGCACAAUGUAUCUUUUUGCUUUCGCUAGGAAUACCCAUUAUAUUGUAAAUAUGUUUUUCACUAUAUUACAGUAGCUAACUAAGUACUAUUAAUGUUUCUAUUACCAUUAAGGUCAAUCCAGCGCGUGAGGUUUUUUGUGCGUGUGUUUUGCCGCGCCCCUGACGGUACCAAAUUAAUAAAUUAGUUCCACCGACCAUCAUGACAGAGAAUCAGGGCAGAGGAGACUGGGAGUUAGAAGCUAAAUCACUGCUGCGGUAUAUUAGCAUUUCAUCCACAGAAAUAAAGGAGGUUUUAAUAUAGAAGGAGGGAAUAUUGGAGUUUAUUUUUUCAUCAAAGCAUUGCAAUUGCUAUGCUACUGCUGGAUUUACUAGAGAGGCGGAACAACGCUUACGCGCAAUUUUUAUACUGACUAUGUACAGGUCUGAAAAAGUACCCUAAAAAGAGUAUAUGAUAUAUGAUUUUCACACUUGAUGUUUUUGACUAAAGAAAAUUCUUUACUAUCAAUUAUAUUUCUUUGUAGUAAAUGAUUAUCGAAAACACAAUGUCCAGUGCAACAUACGUGUUCGAGUAAAAUUUUUAAAAAGAGUUAAAUUUCUCCGUAAUUAAUUCGAAAUCUUCUUUUGGAUGUACGCAUUCUCACUGUAUUUAAGAUCGGCGCAGUUUGCGCAUGACAUUUGAAAUCGGCUGGGUGAUUCUGGCUGAUUCUGGCUGAUUCUGGGUGGCUCUGGCUGAUUCUGGGUGGUUCUGGGUGAUUUUGGGUGGUUAUGGCUGAUUCUGGGUUGUUCUGGGUAGUUCCAUAGUUUAGUAAUACCGGUUGUUGUGCAACCUGGUGUACUAAUAGAAGUAAUUCAUAAAUAUACAGCAUUUGUUGUGCUACGCCACUUAUAUACAACUGUUGUACAAUUGUUGCUAAUAUGUUUAUGUUACUGAUUAAUUAAGAAACAAAAUAGAAACAAAAAAAUAGAGCAGAAAAGAUUACUGGUUCUACCCCACCAUUUCCUUUCAAAAAAAUGCUGCACCACGAAUACGGAAAGUCGUUUAGUUGGACAUUGAAGAAUGUAUUUGUAACUAUGCUAUGAGAUUCAGGAUACAGAUCCUAAAUAAUUUAACUUGAGAUGAACUGAAAAGCUAUACGACAGGAAUUGUUUUUUCUAAUAAAUUUAAGUGUAGAGCAACAAAUCACAAAAUUGUCUGCUUAGUAAAGAUUGGUAGCUAUGAAUGAUUCACUAAAAAAAAAAGAAGGAGAAAUACCUUUAUUAAAACAAUGUUAUUUCAAAUUAUGGCAAACCAUUAAAAUGUAAAACUUUUUAAACAACAGCAGAAAAAAAAACACAAACUUUUUGUUAACUUUACCAUCAUAAAAAUAGUUUCAAAACUUACCGUAACAUCGGAAUAAUGAUUGCGAAAUGUGUUUGUAGCUUGAACCUCCGAUCAAGCUACAGAAUAAAGAAUGUUCUUUAAAAAAUAAUAGUCAUUAAACACAGGGGAUAGAACCAUGUAAAGCUGUCUAGCAUCAUGUAAUAUGUUUCGGUAAUUUAAUCUUAUCUUUCAAAAAGUAAAACUAGACCAGAAAGUACUUAUGAUCAAGGCAUUGACAAUUCUGGAGGACCAUUUCGAUAUUCUUCGCAAUCCACGCAGCCACGAAAUCAAAAACAGGUAUUACCAGUUUUCUAUUUUAACUCUGGCUUAAACGUUAAAAUAUACAAACAAAAUUAUUUAGAACUUAAUGUUUUUAAGGUGUAUAACAUACAGCAGAGCAUUGGCAGAAUUUGUUGUACGAAUAAUGAGACAGAUGUUAAUGAAGAUAAGCUGCUAAUGGUUGUUGUGGAAAUGAGGCGGGAAGAACAAAAAUUUAUUCGCAACGUAGUGUUCAUUCAGAAGAAUAUAUUGUCACCGCUUUCGAUGACCAACAGUUGAACGACAUCGAGAAAUUGUGCGUAAAUCAAAACAAAAUAAUUGUGAUGGAUACCACAUUCAAUGUGUGUGAUAUGUGGCUUACAGAUAUCGGCUAUCAAAACCUCCGACUUGUAAACGACAAAGGUAAUCAUCCUUGGUUUUAUGGUCCCGUCCUUUUGCAUAUGAGAAAAACACCUGAAACAUUUUCACGUUUUGCAACAGAAUUUCUUUUAGCCAACAGCAAAUUACGUAGCCUAACUUAUUUGGGUACUGAUCUUGAACGAGCAUUAUUCCAAGGGUUUAAACAUGUCUUACCUGAUCUUAAAAGUCUGCUUUGUGUUAAAAACAUGUCUGAUCGAGACAAAAAAAAGUUGACACAGCUUGGUGCAAAGGGGCAGAAAAAAUUUUUAGCGGAUAUCUAUGGCAUCAAUGACGGCGUUGUUAUGGAAUUAGGAUUAGCGUCAGCUGAAGAGGAGGACGAUUUUAAAGCCAAGCUUGACUCUUUGAAGGAGAAUUGGGAGGACCUUGCUCCAACUUUCCACGACUGGUUUUCGAGGAAUCGAGGAAAACAGUUUAUUGAAAGCGUGAUCGAGUCGGCGAGAGAGGGAUCUGGUCUGGAUGGGCUAUUCUACAACAAUGCAAUCGAAUCACUUCUUUCCAUUUUAAAAAUGGAAACUGGAAAUAAAAAACUUGGAAUUAUCGAGCUUAUUUCAAAAGUGAAGGUCAUUAUUCAGAGACAAAGAACUGAAGAAGUUCGAGCUGUUUACCAGUCUGGAAAGUACAGAUUAGCAAAUGAUUACAAUCAAUUUCAGGUUAUAAUAUAAUUGUUGUAUACACUUUUUUUAUAAGAAACAGAAAAUUUUGCUUCAGCCUGAAAUGCACUUGCCAUUGUUCUUUUUUUUCAGCAAUUCUGAUCCUCAUUGUUCUUAUAAAAUUGUUCUUAUAUAAAAAAGUGUAAUUGUAUAAUUGGUAGUAACAUACUUGUUUUAAAAAAUUACUUUUCAUAGAUGCUGACAUAGUAUACGUUCACGUCGAAUAAAAUUUUAUUAUAAAUAAUUGCAAUAUUACAGGUUGAUCCAAUCACUUGGCACCGUUGGGACGAGGCACGUAGAAUGGAGCAUGUAAACAGUCGACAAUUUUCACCAUCGUUCAGUGACCUGUAUAUAACAUCUAAAAACGUUGGGAGGAAGCCAAACCACAUUAAUCGCAAACGCCACUUCACAGAUGCAGUAAUAGCCGAGGAAAGGAUUGAUACAACUCAAACCCCGGUCACACCACUAGUUGUUAAAAAGAAAAAAAAUGGCGAUUAUCAUUGCCAGAAGGUGAUGCCUGUUGAUUUAACUAUGAUUAACCCUAAACGAAAGACCUCUGGGAAAUGUAUGAUGCUACGACUCAAGGCAAUGCAUAAAAUGGUUGCAAGAUGUGUCUCACCAAGUUGUACCAUGAGAAUUACGCCGCAAGACUUUCUCAUCAUCAAGUCUACUGGCGUCGUUACAUUCACCGACAAAUAUAAGAAAGUGCAGAAGAGAGAAGGUCCUGUCUAUGUCCAUUUUCUCGAAGAAUGUUUGAAGGGCUACGUUGAGAACUUUAAGUAUGAAAACGUGACCGUAUCCGACGAUACGAAAAACAAUCUCACUACUGCACAAUGUAUCUUUUUGCUUUCGCUAGGAAUACCCAUUAUAUUGUAAAUAUGUUUUUCACUAUAUUACAGUAGCUAACUAAGUACUAUUAAUGUUUCUAUUACCAUUAAGGUCAAUCCAGCGCGUGAGGUUUUUUGUGCGUGUGUUUUGCCAAUUUUAUCGUUGUGAACAAUCGCUUUUUAACAUUGUAUAUUGUUUUACAUGUAAAUAAAAACAUCUAAACAGAAAUCCUAUUUUUUCUUAACCCUACGCAAUUAUAGCUACCUUUUAUCCUAUUUUACAAAAACCGUUAAAAGUCCAGCAUUGUUAUUUGCCCAAAGAUUUAGGGGCAAGGCGGUUUAUGAAAUCGCGCCCCUGACGGUACCAAAUUAAUAAAUUAGUUCCACCGACCAUCAUGACAGAGAAUCAGGGCAGAGGAGACUGGGAGUUAGAAGCUAAAUCACUGCUGCGGUAUAUUAGCAUUUCAUCCACAGAAAUAAAGGAGGUUUUAAUAUAGAAGGAGGGAAUAUUGGAGUUUAUUUUUUCAUCAAAGCAUUGCAAUUGCUAUGCUACUGCUGGAUUUACUAGAGAGGCGGAACAACGCUUACGCGCAAUUUUUAUACUGACUAUGUACAGGUCUGAAAAAGUACCCUAAAAAGAGUAUAUGAUAUAUGAUUUUCACACUUGAUGUUUUUGACUAAAGAAAAUUCUUUACUAUCAAUUAUAUUUCUUUGUAGUAAAUGAUUAUCGAAAACACAAUGUCCAGUGCAACAUACGUGUUCGAGUAAAAUUUUUAAAAAGAGUUAAAUUUCUCCGUAAUUAAUUCGAAAUCUUCUUUUGGAUGUACGCAUUCUCACUGUAUUUAAGAUCGGCGCAGUUUGCGCAUGACAUUUGAAAUCGGCUGGGUGAUUCUGGCUGAUUCUGGCUGAUUCUGGGUGGCUCUGGCUGAUUCUGGGUGGUUCUGGGUGAUUUUGGGUGGUUAUGGCUGAUUCUGGGUUGUUCUGGGUAGUUCCAUAGUUUAGUAAUACCGGUUGUUGUGCAACCUGGUGUACUAAUAGAAGUAAUUCAUAAAUAUACAGCAUUUGUUGUGCUACGCCACUUAUAUACAACUGUUGUACAAUUGUUGCUAAUAUGUUUAUGUUACUGAUUAAUUAAGAAACAAAAUAGAAACAAAAAAAUAGAGCAGAAAAGAUUACUGGUUCUACCCCACCAUUUCCUUUCAAAAAAAUGCUGCACCACGAAUACGGAAAGUCGUUUAGUUGGACAUUGAAGAAUGUAUUUGUAACUAUGCUAUGAGAUUCAGGAUACAGAUCCUAAAUAAUUUAACUUGAGAUGAACUGAAAAGCUAUACGACAGGAAUUGUUUUUUCUAAUAAAUUUAAGUGUAGAGCAACAAAUCACAAAAUUGUCUGCUUAGUAAAGAUUGGUAGCUAUGAAUGAUUCACUAAAAAAAAAAGAAGGAGAAAUACCUUUAUUAAAACAAUGUUAUUUCAAAUUAUGGCAAACCAUUAAAAUGUAAAACUUUUUAAACAACAGCAGAAAAAAAAACACAAACUUUUUGUUAACUUUACCAUCAUAAAAAUAGUUUCAAAACUUACCGUAACAUCGGAAUAAUGAUUGCGAAAUGUGUUUGUAGCUUGAACCUCCGAUCGAGCUACAGAAUAAAGAAUGUUCUUUAAAAAAUAAUAGUCAUUAAACACAGGGGAUAGAACCAUGUAAAGCUGUCUAGCAUCAUGUAAUAUGUUUCGGUAAUUUAAUCUUAUCUUUCAAAAAGUAAUUUAAAAGUUGGGUAAUAGGGCAAGGAAUAACUGCAUACAGUUAACCCCUGACAAGCGUAAUUCCAUAUGAUUGAAAAAAAGAGUUUAACAUGACAAAUUUUAUGUCAACAAGGAAAUAUACAAGGUUAGUUUUUCCCUGAGAAAGAGGGACACUUAUAUAUAUUUGGGAAUUGAGAAGGUUGGGUUGGAUUUGGGGAGGUGGGGGUUUAGUGGUGGUGUUGGUGUUGGGGAGGGGGGUGUGGUAGGUUGAAAGGAAAGGAAAGGAUACUUGAUGGAAGUAAAUUAUGAUACAUAUAAAACAUACCAAUUUUUUCAGGUAAGUCCAAGACUAAGAUAAUCAUGACGGAAACCAUGAGGUGAAACUAGUAGUAGAAUGUUAACAAAAAUAUUCAUCUCUUAUAAUAAUACGGAGAGUGUGUCUGUUUGUGUGUCUGUAACAGGCAAAGUUGAUAUCGUCAUUUUCCUUUGAUGUUGCCGAAAAAAAUCUUUGAUGUUGCCGAAAAAAAAUAUGUCUUCUUUGUCGUGAAAAGCCGCGAGUUUUGUGUGGUUUGUUAAAUGAAGUUCUAGCACAAAGUAACGGAAAUUGUGUUUGCAAAAAAGAUGGCUGUCCUUUUUAAGCAUUUGUCUUCUCUUGCCUUCAAAAUAAAUCUUUACAAAAGCAUUUAAAAAGGGGCAUAAGAUGCAAAUACUGAUUUUUGUUGAAUCAGAAGUAUUUCCUACAACCAUUUUUUUUUUACACUUUUGUGGAGAAAAAGUGUAUGCAAUAUCAUCAGAAUAACUGAUUUUGUUGCAAACUGUUUUUCUUUUUCACAUUGUUAUAAAGGGCAUAUAUCAAUAAACAUAUAUAUACCAAAAUAAUUAAAUUCUGCAAACUUUGAUUUUGUCGUUCACCUCUCAUCUUUUAUAUUUUGAUUAAACUUUUGAGGAAAACCAUAGGAAUUAUUUAGAAUUUGUAUUUUGUGUUGCAAAUUUAGUGCAAAAAUUUAACUGUUGUGAGGGAGGACCAUAUGCAAUUAUAUAUACUAAAAAUAAUAAUUUGAUAUUCUACAAGUUGUAUUUUUGUAUGCACUUAAAUGACUGCUUUUUCUGAGUUGAAUUUGAUGGGUUUCAUAUCAAUUUUGUGGAAGAUUUUAUGGCUGAAGACAAUAUAGAACAUGCCAAUUGAACUGAUUUUUGUUCAUAUUUUGAUUUGCUCCUCAUAAACCUUUGUGUUCUACAUUUAUUGUAAACUUUUGUGAGGAAGGACCAUAUAUAUAUACAAUGUUUUCAAAAUAAUGAUUUUUGUUGAUUUGAAAUUUACUCCUUGCUCAUUGCUUUUUCGACAUUUCAGGUUAAAAUGUUUGGUAAAGUCAGUACGGAUCAUUAGACAAAAAAUUGUUUUGUUAACCGGUUAAUUUUUACAUUUUGUGCAUAUUUUUGCGGAAGAGGAUAGUAUGCAACCGAAUAAAUGAUUUUUCAAAGUUUAACUUUUUGUUUUUAGGUGUUUCGUGUUUGUUUAAGUUUGGCUUUUUGAUAUUGUUCAGGUUGUAUUGUUGUAUAAGCAUUUAGGGAAAAGACAAUGUUUAAAAUGCGUAAAGAACUUAUUUCAUAGAUCUGUGCUUACUGUUGCAAGCCUUUCUUUUCGACACUUCAGAUUAAAAUAUUGAA